GAGAGGUAGGUAGAGAUCCACCACCACCCCCCACCCUGUUGUUUCCGUAAUCGAGCGUCGAGCUGCAGGAUUUGCACCUCUGCAAUUAAGCACGUUUGGUGUGGGAUGGGAUUCUCGCUAAACGCCGCAAACGCUGCCACAUCCGCGGAGCUCCAGCCCCGUCGCAUCCCCCGCAAGUUGCUAGCGUGUGUGUGUGGACCGGAGCGGGAGGCGGGCUUGUUUAUCAAAAAAUGACUCGACAUGGCUGUGGCGUUGACUCAACAUACACGGCUUCGCCAACGACACACUGGAAGCCAUAACCGGUUGAGAGAGUGAGGCGCGAAUCAUCUUAAUGAAAGUCAUAAGUGGGGUUGGGUGGCCAUGGACCCAUUCAGCCAGCUUAUUCUCACCAUCUCGGUGACCAGUUUCUUCACCUUCCAGUGGCUCUUCCACAAAGUCAGCCCCUGGAUGUCCGUACGCAUCAGCCCCAGCUUCCUCAGUCUCAGUGACAAGCAGAAGGUGGAAUGGAACUCAAGGACGGUGUCAACGUUUCACGCACUGUUGGUGGGAAUCUUCUGUCUCUACAUCUUGUUCUUUGAUGAUGCCGUCAAUGAAGACCCAGUCUGGGGAGAUCCUACGCUGGUGAAGACUAAUGUUGCCAUCACAACAGGCUACCUCAUAUCUGAUCUGCUGCUAAUAUUUUUCUAUUGGAAGGCGAUAGGCGACAAGUUUUUUGUAGUUCACCAUCUGGCAGCGUUGUAUGCUUACUACUAUGUACUGGGCGAAGGAAUGUUGCCUUAUUUUGCUAACUUCCGUCUGCUUGCUGAGUUUUCUACACCAUGUGUGAAUCAGCGCUGGUUCUUUGAGGUACUAGGUUACCCUAAAUCGUCCCGGCCCAACAUGGCGAAUGGUGUUGCCAUGGCAGUAGUCUUUUUCAUGGUCCGCAUCGCCGUCAUGCCAGUCUACUACAUUCGUAUGUAUGCGGUCUACGGCACUGAGGCCUUCUACCUGGUGCCCUGGGGUGGCCGUGUAGCCUGGAUAGGUUCCAGUAUCUGCUUGGACAUUAUGAACAUUAUGUGGAUGCAUAAGAUCGCCCGCGGCUGCUACAAGGUGCUGCGCUCUGCGCGCCAGAGCAAAGCCGGCGCACCUCAAGAGAAUGGGAAGACGGAUUAAGGGAACCGGGGUGUCAGUGGUGAGAAACCUCCCCAGCAGAGACAAAAUGACGUCACUCUGUGCAUUGGGGAGCAGCAGAUUGGACACUUACUAUCACACCUGAGAGGAGUGAUAUCACAGGACCGAAUGUAAUGGAGGAAAUUUGAGCUUUUUUGAACAGUGGGCACAGGCUUUGAGAUGUACUGAUGGACCGUUUAACUGGCCACCCCUAAACCAUGAAACGACCUCUUAGCAAUACUCGGUGUGCAUGGCCACUUCUUUUUCUCUUGAACAAUUUACCACUACGCUAAAGUGUUUGUCCUGGGACAACGGACUGCUAAACCCAACCACAAAUUUUCAAAAAGUUUACCGUUCUUUACAUACGUAGUGCUCAACAAAAGUUUUUUUAAAUUAUUAUUAUUACUGCUGCCUGAGUCCUACGAUACAAAUUAUGAAAUAUGAGUCAAUGUUGAUGUUGAUGCAAAUAUUUGAGGGAACCUGAUAAAGUGAUUCAGUGAUGGUCAGUGCCGUGAACUCAUUUGUCAGAUGCUUGCGGAGGAGAAGGGUCGAGCAUCUCUUCUUCCUCAGUAAAUCUUGAGCUUAAUUUGCAGGGACUUGACUGACACAAGAUGGGAUCACAUCAAGUGCAAUCAGGGGGAAGAUAAAGUAUGGAGAAAUCAGUUCAUCACUCACCCACUGUCAUUCAGUUAAAGCUUUAGUGCGUAACUUUUUAAUAUUAAUGAACGUCCGUUACAUUCAAGCCAUUGCUAAAUGAGUUGCUACAAAGCUAAUUAAGGCUAUCACCUCCACACCACUCUUUUUGGAUUUGUCAUUAUAGUUAUUACCUCUUCUGAAGAGUCCCAACAUGUUUUUUUAAUCCUCUGUGUCCUCCUUGGCUACUAGCAACUGCGUUAAGGAGGGGAUGGGGUGGUAUCAUAUGGACGCGCUGACAGUUUUAUUUGUCAUAACUUGGAAUUCCUCAUGGGGGCGAGAGAAAAUACGCACUACAGCUUUAAGAGGUUCAUUUUAAAAAUCAGCCUUUUAGGACAUGAAUUGGAAUAUCAUGAGUCCCGGCUCCAUUCGUUGUUGAUUUAUUUAAUGUUGGGUUAAACAGGCAUUGGUACGCUGGAUGUAGUCUGUUUUUUGUUUUGUUUUGCUGGGGUUGAGGCAACUGGGUUUUUAAACGUACAAUUAAAGAUACUGAUUUGAACAAAAGGGAGACCUUGGAAAUGUGGAAAAAAAGGGAAACUGAAUGUCAUUGCUCUGUUCGUACGCUGACAUUAAGCAAUGCAACAUUAGUUUUCCUUUACAUUGAGGCAGAACAGUUUUCAGUCGGUAUUUAAAUCCUCGUGAUUAAAUAUGUAUACAACCUGACACUGUUUUGUGGGAGCCGUCAUAUUUAUUUCACAUUGUGCAAUGCAUGUUAAGGGUUGAAACACAUCUGGAGUGCUGAUUUGAAAUCAGUGUCGCAGACAAACCUUAAA